CCGAGCUCUGCCGUGUCUGAGGGAAAACUGGGCGUGAUGGCCACCCAGUCGUGCUGGGAGAAGGAGCAGAAGCAACAGCAGGGUGAGGAGAACCAGGUCGCCCCUGCCCCUGGCGGCGCCCGCGGGACUGGCAGUCCCCGUGCGUCGGUCCCCACAGUCUGCAGCGACGGGUCUCUGCCGGACGGCGGCGCCCCACGCGGCGGCACAGCAGGUUCCUCCUCCUGCGCCACGGCCGCCGGCGCCAUUUCGGUCACUGCUGACGCCCCGUGGCUGCCCUCCAUGGACUGUGCGCAGGAGAGGGGGCCUUCUGCCCUCCAGGCCGGCCGUGGUCCCCACGCAGAGCCGAGCCGCGUGGUGCCCGAGACGGGCCGAGGUAUCCAGGCCGCGCACGCGGGCAGCGCGGCCGCCAUGGGGCGGGCCACGAGGGGCGCUGGCCAGGCCCGCGGGCGUCCGACCCACACCACGAGCCCAAGGGACGGCCGUGGGAGGAGGCAGCCCAGCCGCCACCGCGACGAGGCUGCCCGGGCUCCGAAGCCUCCAGAGCGCUGUCUCUUUCCUGGGGCUCCCGGGCCUCAGUGGUCCGAGCCUUUGCCGCCAUCUCCUCCCAAGUCGCAGCCCAGCAGCAGCCGCCCUUCUCGGGCUUCUCCGCCGAGUCACGCACCGCCGCCUGGCCCUGCCCUUCGAAGCCAGGCCAAAGCAACCGGCCCCGCUCUGCGCAGCCGCCGCACCCCACCCGGCCCUGCUCUGCGCAGCCCUGCAUCUGAGCCACGCGAUGCUGUCCUCCACCGUCGCCCUGCACCCGCGCCAGGCCCUGCAGUCCGCCGCCGCCGUGCACCCUCGCCCGGCCCUGCUGUCCGCCGCCGCCGUGCACCCUCGCCCGGCCCUGCUGUCCGCCGCCGCCCUGCACCCGCGCCCGGCCCUGCUGUCCGCGGUCGCCGUGCACCCGCGCCAGGCCCUGCUGUCCGCCGCCCUGCUCCUGGGCCAGGCCCUCCUCUUCGCAGCCGCGCAUCCGGGUCAGGCCCUGCCCUCCAAAGCCGCGCAUCCGGGCCAGGCCCUGCCCUCCAAAGCCGCACCGGCCCGCUAGGCCCUGCCCUCCGCAGCAGCAGCAUGACUCCAGGCCUUGUCCCUGGGAGCCGCGCCACCCAGAGAAGAUCAGCCGCUUGCAGCCGCCCCUCUCUGCCUGGGCCUGCUGGCCAGGGUCCUCCUUCUUCCCCUGGGUUCGCCCUUCGAAGGCCUGCCCUGCACAGCAGCUCAAGCUUUCCUGAUGCUGAGGUCCCAAGCCUUGCUCCCCAGCCCCGUUGGCGUGCAGUCCGUAUGCGCGCCUCCUCACCCUCACCUCCUGGUAGGUUCUUUCCUUUACCUGCGCAGUGUGGUGAGAGCUUCUCCUCCUCCCCCUCCUUCUCUUCUUCCUCCUCCUCCUUUUCUUCUUCCUCCUACUCCUCUUCUUCCUCCUCCUCCUUCUCCCCCCCUGAGUCUCCUGGCCACAGCCCCUCCUCCUCCCUCACUAAUUUUUCUGGCCAGAGCGCCUUCUCCUCUAAGGUUUGUGGCCUGGGCUCCAUCUCCACCGCUAGCCUUGCUGCCGUUAGGCGCUCCUUGCUGCCGCAGCUUGAGGCACUGAUCCCUCUCUCUCCAGGAGAGCUGGCUGAAACAGGGAGCAUGCCUCGCCCCCCAACACCGCCUGUGUGGUGA